CAGCUCUGCCACAUCCCAUCUCACACAACCUCUACUCAUCUUACCUGACACACUUCACUUCCUUCGGAUCUCGUGCCACCAAGCUCUGCUCCCGCCAAGAUGUCGACGGUGACCCGCGCCUACCUCGACCAGAGGCUCGCCGCCGCCAAGCGCUGCUCCAAAGAGGCUGCCAUGGCAGGAGCCAAGGCGGCGGCCGUCGCCACCGUCGCUGCCGCAGUGCCCACACUGGCGAGCGUGAGGAUGCUGCCGUGGGCGAAGGCACACCUGAACCCGACCGGGCAGGCCCUCAUCAUCUCCACCGUCGCCGGGAUGGCCUACUUCAUCGUGGCCGACAAGACCAUCCUCUCCAUGGCCAGGAAGCACUCCUUUGAGGACGCGCCGGAGCACCUCAAGAACACCUCCUUCCACUAAUUAGACUAUAAAAUAGAUCCAUUAGUAGUCCGUAAUAGUCUGCACGCCGGACUGGAAGUGUCUGCUGAAAGAUGGUAUUGUAAUGUUCAGGCAGCACUUCUAUGAAAUCAGGCGAGUGGUGUAGUACUGCGCUUCUUUGCCCGCAAGAACUUAUCUGAUGAAGUGAUCAUGUAUCCACCCAGUAACCUUGAAUUAAUAAUGACUUGCAUUUGUACAA